GAACAACCAACCACAUAUCUAAUAAGACGUGGAAUGUGGGGAGAGAGGAAAGAGAAAAGAAGGGUAGAGAGAAAUAAUAAUACGUUUGACAAUGUUUGUUUUAUGAGUGAGACUUAAGCAAGUCUAAUAAGAAAGCGGUAUAGUGAAAUUGAUUAUUAAGUUUUUCCUUUUCACAAACCCAUCUCCCAUUUUGUCUGUUAUAUAAAUACAUUAAUAUUACAAGUCUUCCACCACAAACACAAACACAUAAACAUUCUCUCUCUCUAGAACUUAUAGCAAGCAAGCAGCCUGGAAAUGGGAAGCCUGAAAGAGGAAAUGAAGACAACCGGAUGGGCUGCCAGAGACCCAUCUGGCGUUCUCUCCCCCUAUACCUUCACUCUCCGGAACAAAGGAGCAGAAGACGUGUUGUUAAAGGUGAUAUGCUGCGGAAUUUGCCACACCGAUCUUCAUCAGAUCAAAAACGACCUCGGAAUGUCAAAUUAUCCCAUGGUUCCUGGACAUGAGGUGGUAGGUGAGGUAAUGGAGGUGGGACCGGAAGUCACCAAAUUUAAGGUAGGUGAUUGCGUUGGUGUCGGGUGUCUCGUCGGUUGUUGUGGCAGCUGCCGCCCUUGCAAGGCGGACGUCGAGCAGUACUGUAACAAGAAGAUAUGGUCCUACAACGACGUCUACACCGACGGCCGCCCCACUCAAGGUGGCUUCGCCGGCUCCAUGGUCGUCCACCAAAAGUUUGUGGUUAAGAUACCGGAGGGGAUGUCGCCGGAACAGGUGGCGCCGCUAUUAUGCGCCGGUGUCACUGUGUAUAGCCCGUUGAACCAUUUUGGGUUAAAAGAGAGUGGGUUAAGAGGAGGCAUACUUGGGCUUGGUGGGGUUGGUCACAUGGGUGUGUUGAUAGCUAAAGCGAUGGGACAUCAUGUCACCGUCAUCUCUUCUUCUGAUAAGAAGAAAGAAGAGGCUCUUGAUGUCCUCGGAGCUGAUGAUUAUCUCGUUAGCUCUGAUGUUGAGCGGAUGCAUGAACUAGCAGACUCUUUUGACUAUAUUAUUGAUACAGUACCUGUUCAUCAUCCCCUCGAGCCUAGCCUAACAUUGCUAAAACUUGAUGGGAAGUUGAUCUUGAUGGGUGUGAUCAAUGUUCCAUUGCAAUUUGUUUCCCCUCUCCUCAUGAUUGGGAGAAAGACAAUCACGGGAACCUUCAUCGGUAGCAUGACGGAGACCCAAGAGAUGCUUGAGUUCUGCAAGGAAAAAGGAGUGAGAUCGACAAUCGAGGUAGUGAAGAUGGAUUAUGUCAAUACCGCGAUGGAGAGGUUGGCUAAGAAUGAUGUUAGAUACCGGUUUGUUGUGGAUGUCAUCGGUAGCAAUCUUGGCAACGAAUAAACAACAUUGUGUUUGUUGGAAAGAUGAAGUAGAAAGAUACAGAAACAAACACUUUUAAUCUUGUAUUCGUUUUUCAAAUGAGUGUGACAAAUGCUAUAAAUUCCUAUUUUGUUAAUGUAACUUCAUAUAUAAACCUUAUGGAUGAUGAAUUAUUUACAACUUUUAAGGUGUGUUUGACAA